UUCACUCCAUUUUUUACCUACUUAAGUAAAGUGAUCACAGGGACCAUACCUGACAUUACUCAGCUGCAGACAUGGAUAUCCAACUAGAGAACUACUCAGAACGGAAUCUGGCUAAGGACUCAAGGAGACAGCAACCAAAAGGCAAGGGCACGGAAAGCUCCGUUUUACUGUUCGAACAGCAAAUAUCCUCUGUGGAAUCAAACCUUCAAAAUGCUUCUCAGGAUCAUCAAGUGAACGACAAGAAUGACAACUGCAAAGAUUCAAAAUCACCUCCAGAGAAGCUCAUUGCUGGGAUCCUGGGAGUCUUCUGUCUCGCCUUGAUGUAUACUGUGGUUAGAAUGAAGCAUUUUCUUCCCACAUAUCAGUGUGGUUGUAGUCCAGAUGAGUGGUUUACAUAUUCCAACAAUUGUUAUUACAUUGGCAUUGAAAGAAAAGCAUGGACUGAGAGUCAGAUGGCCUGUGCUUCCAAGAACUCUAACCUGCUUUAUAUAGAUAAUGAAGAAGAAAUG